UAUUUCUUUAUUUAAUUGUAUUUUUGCAAAACAAUGGGUGUUUUACGAUGUUAUAGACCGAAAAUUAUGUCUAGAAAUACUUUCACCGUAUUAAAACGAAAGAGAAAAACAUAGUUAUGCUAAAAGUCAAAAGACACGAGUCAUAGCGGUUGUACUUCGACAAAUUUUCCUCGUGCCUUGAUCAGAGUACAAUUGCUACGGUGUCAUUUCGUCCUGAAAUUUUCACGUUCAUGCAAGAGCCAGGACAAAAUGUCGAAGCAAGAAAUGGGUAAAAGCAAUACAUCCAUCUCUUCAAGCAAAACUAUUCCAAACGUGAGUCAUGAUAAAAGUGGCCGUCAAGAACUUGUUCAAAGUGAACAAAAGCCAGCAAGUCUUGAAAUCAAAACUGAGAAAGAUGAGCAUGACUUGCAACAAGAUGAAGAGGAGAGGAUGCUUCAGGAACAAAAGCAAGCUGAAGAAAUUGCAAUUGAAGCAAAGGACCGAGUGAGUGCCAAGAUGGCAACAAGAAAGUUGAAUAUUGAUGCGCCAAAUCAUCGACCUGAGGAGUCAUUCUUUCGUAAACUUGACUCUAAUAUCAAGAAGAACUCUUCGUUCAUAAAAAAACUGAAAACAAUGACAGAACAACAAAAGGCAUCUCUGACACAGGAAUUUAAUGGUUUGAACCUCACAAGGUUCAUUCAGGAAGCUGUUACAGCAGUUGUUGAAGGAUUGCAUAAAUUGAAGGUUGCGGAUGUCAGCGUUAUCACACAUAUGUGUGGUCUGUUUCAUCAACGAUAUGUUGAGUUCACUCGAUUAUUUAUACCUGAGCUUUUAAAGUUGUUUGAGAAUUAUAACUGCAAAGAUGUUGAUAAGCCUUCCAACGUGAGCAAAUUUCGUGUCGGAUUACGAGUUCUUACCGAACUCGGUCUCUAUGGUAUUAUUGGAAAUAGGGAUGAAGCAUUCAAGAUGCUCAGCUCAACGUUAACCAAUAUAACAACUUGUGAUAAGGACAACCAUCUCUACGUGGAAGUUGUUUUGAGACAACCAUCUCUACGUGGCAGUUGUUUUGAGUUUUGUCGUCAUUGUGCUGAGGACGUGCUUGGAAUCACGUCAAGAAAACAAAGACUUCUACUACAGAAAUACGAUGUGAACAUACCUCGGUUUGAGGUCAUUUCACGUGAUAAUCAAAAAGCGAUUCUCUCGAUAUUAAAUGCGUACUUCGAUUCGUUGGUCGAUCAUCUUCUCCGAGAACACAACAACUUACAGAAAAAAGAGCGACAAAACAGGCGUAUCCUUUUGAGUAAAGGUGAAAUACCGGAGGACAGGAAGGAAGCAUGCGAUAAAUGUCAGAAAUCCUACGAUAAACUGCUAACAAAUACUUCUGCUUUGGCUGAAAUUCUUGAUUUGGACAUGCCUGAUUUACCUGAAGGUGAAUCUUUACCAGAGGAAGGCGGCAGUGUUGGAAUAAAUAUUUUCAAUCCUUUCCAAUUAACUGAGUACGAUGGCGAUACAGGCCUUUGGGAAGAUGAAGACACUAGAACUUUUUAUGAGAAUCUUAAAGAUCUAAAAUCCCUUGUACCCAGUAUUCUAUACAAGGAAAGCAGCAAGAAAGAGGAGGAUGAUAAAACUUCGUCGGCAAAAGAACCGUUAGUCAACGGCAUCAUUGACGAUGACAGUGACGUAGCUUCAUCUGACGAUGACGCAGACUUGGCAAGGAUCACUGAAGAACUAUCGGACGGAGGAGAGGCACUCGAAAGCGGCAGUAAUGUAGGUGCUCUCGACUUGGGUAAAAGCUCUCACUCCAGUCAACUUCAACAGAUCAUUCAACGCUUACCAACCUGCGUAAAUCGAGACUUCAUUGAUGAGCUUGCAACUGAUUUUGUCAUGACUUGCAACACGAAAGGAAACCGCAGGAAGCUUUGCAAAGCAUUAUUCAGUGUACCUCGAACAAGGUUUGAUUUGCUGCCUUUCUAUUCUCGACUCGUGGCCACCCUACAUCCUUGUAUGCCUGGUUUGGCUGAAGAUAUCUUCACUUUGCUACGAGCCGAAUUCAAAUGGCAUGUGCGAAAAAACGACCAGAUUUACGUUGAGUCGAAAGUAAAGACGGUCCGUUUCAUUGGUGAAUUGACAAAAUUUGGAAUGGUACCGAAAAAGGAAACACUUCAUUGUCUGAAGACUUUGCUGGAGAACUUCACGCAUCACAAUGUCGAGAUGGCUUGCAGUUUGUUGGAAACCUGUGGUCGCUAUCUCUUCAGAUCUGAAGAUUCGCAUAUUAUGACCAAGAACAUACUGGAACAAAUGAUGCGGAAAAAAGCAGUACAAAAUCUCGACUCUCGACAGAACACGAUGAUCGACAAUGCUUUUUACUAUACCAACCCCCCUGAAAGACAAAAGGUUCGUCAAAAAAGUGCGACCUCAAUGCAAGAAUACGUAAGAAAGUUGAUAUAUAAAGAUUUAUCAAAAACAACCACAGAAAAGGUUUUGCGUCAGCUUCGUAAGUUGCCGUGGGAUGACAAAGAUGUAAGAUAUCUCUCUGUCGUCCGAUGUUUAAUAAGAUCCUGGAACAUAAAAUACAUACAUUGUGCAGCAAAUCUUUUGGCCGGACUCGCUUCGUAUCAUGAACACGUGGGGGUUGAAGUGGUUGAUGGUGUACUCGAGGAGAUACGAGUUGGAAUGGAGAUCAACGUUCCCAAGAUGAAUCAAAGUCGUAUAAGUUGCGUGAAAUACCUCGGCGAGUUGUAUAACUAUCAGCUCAUUGAGUGCAACGUCAUCUUCACCAUUCUGUAUUCGUUCAUCACUUUUGGAAGCACUACAGACGGGUCACACUCAGUCUUGGAUCCACCCGAACACUUGUUUCGUAUACGUUUGGUGUGCAUACUCCUGGAUACUUGCGGUCAGUACUUUGACCGCGGAAGUUUGAAACGUACACUGGAUUGCUUUCUGGUUUAUUUUCAGGCGUAUAUUUGGAAGAAGAAAUCAGGUAACACGUGGAACGAACAAUGUCCAUUUCCCAAGGAGGUAGAAUACAUGAUCGCUGACACUUUGGAGGCACUGCGACCCAAACUAAAACUUCACACGACACUGGAGGAAGCCAUACAAGCAGUUGAAGAUUUAAACUUGCAAUAUCAACAGAAAAUUGAUGAAGCUGUAAAAGUUGUGGCGACCGACAACCAUUCUGCGUCACUUGCAAAUCAAAGGAAUGUUGUCGCCCAGACUUCCGCUGAACGUGACGAGGAGGAGCCAGAGACUGGGGAGAGUGAUAUGGAAGUGGAGGAGAGAAUGCCUGGAAAUUAUGAGAAGAGAAGAAAACGUGGCGGAGAUUCGUUGACCCUCGAUGAAGAUGAACUAUCUGAACUGGAGUCGGAACAAGAAGAUGCUCAGGUCAAACAUAUGGAUGGCCCAAAAUUAGUGGCGUGCGAAGAAGACACUGAAUUUCUUAACGAGUUCCAGAAGCUCGUCGCGGACGACUUUCAAAAUAGGCGCACAGUAAAUCUCAAAGUGCCUUCUUUUGACGUGGCCGUGCCAAUACAGUUGGGCAAAAAGAAGUCUGGGAACGAGGAUGGAGCAGCCGGUAUUAAUUUCAUGGUAAUGUUGAAGAAGGGCAACCGGCAGCAAUUACGAGAUCUAAAAGUUCCGAUCACUUCCGAUCUUGCCGCGAAUAUACGAGAGAAGCAGCAAGAGGAACAAGCUGAACAAGAGGAGGUGAAAAGACUGGUACUCGAUUAUAAUCAACGCCAAGAAGAGGAGUCGUACAACGAAUCAAUGGCAAAAGCUCGUCAGCAAGUAUCAGGUAACCGUUCACGUGGUCGUCGUGACAAGUUUAAACCAGUCAAACCUGAUUGGUUCGGCAACUGAUCAGGGAUUUUUAUGAAAAACGACGUUAGAGAUUGUUGUGAUAAAGUGGAGAGGAAGUCAACCUUGAGUCGGCCCUUUUGUCCCACGUUGAUGGCCUUCCAAUAUCACGCAUGCGUAUUCGCGCAUUAUCCCCAUCCAUCCAUGGAGCUCGACUCGUCACACACUCAUUUUGCCAGGCAAUGUUGCAAUAUGAAACGGUUGUUGUUCGUUGUUUUAAUCUUUGCUAUGUUCCAUCUUUGAUGAUGUGAAGUUAGAGUCAUCUCAAGUUUUCAUUAAAAUGAUUUCGUGUCGCGUAAA